CUAAUCACACAUAUCAAACUUCCAAAAAUGUCAUGAAAUUCAUAUAACAUAUCAGAAAAAUAAUUCAAAGAUAUUGAAAAAAGAAAAUAAAACUGGAUUGUUGAGUUUGAAGGAGAGAAGCAAGACCGUGAAGUGAGCUUUAGGAUUAGCAGGAGAAGAAGUGAUGAAUUCCAUCAACGUCUGAGCUUCAGAAAUUUUGUCACUUUGAAAUUCCAAUUGAAGGAAAAUGUCGGAAAAUAACUAUUCUUUCUUCUCUUCUCUAAGCGAAAAUCUCCUCGAAUUCGACCGUUAUGUAUCUAACCCUAACCCUAAUUCAAAUCAAAUUACAGACAAUUCAAUCGAACAUACAAAUUCUUUUUCAAACUUCAAUGUAAGCAACUCUGAGCCCAGCACAUCCAGCAAUCUUCUGACUCUUACAAUUCCAAGAAAACGACGUCGUGGUAGGCCUCGUAGUACUACUUCUUCUAUUCCAUCUUACAAGCAGGUAUUUUCCAUUCCUCAGAUUUAUGGAAAUUCUGUUGAUGCUAGUAAUACUACUUCUGUUAAUGCUAAUUAUAGUGCCCAAUUUGCGAAACCCAAUUUGCAAUUGAAUCCUAAUUUGGUAGAUUUGUCAGAGGAUAUUAUUGUGAUUAAUAGGGAAGCAACCACUGAGGCGCUCACUGCGCUAACGGCUGGUUUUCCGGCUGAUUCUCUCACUGAUGAGGAGAUUGAUGCCGGUGUAAUGCCCGUUGUUGGGGGGAUUGAACAGGUUAAUUAUAUUUUGAUUAGGAACCAUAUAAUUACUAAAUGGAGAGAGAAUGUGUCCAGUUGGGUUGCUAAGGAGAGGCUUCUUGAUGUCAUUCCCAAACAUUGUCAUUGGCUUUUAGAUACGGCGUAUGAUUUCUUGGUGUCUCAUGGGUAUGUCAAUUUUGGGGUUGCAGCUGCGAUUAAGGAACGCUUUCCUGCUGAGCCUAAUAAGGGGACUGUUAUUAUUAUUGGGGCAGGGUUGGCUGGAUUGGCUGCUGCAAGGCAGCUCAUGCGUUUUGGGUUUAAGGUGACUGUGCUGGAGGGACGCAAGCGCCCUGGAGGUAGGGUUUAUACGAAGAAGAUGGAGGGUUUAAAUAAGACUGCUUUUGCAGAUUUAGGUGGGAGUGUUUUGACGGGUACCCUUGGCAAUCCACUCGGGAUUUUGGCCCGGCAAUUGUCUUAUUCGCUUCAUAAGGUGAGGGACAAAUGUCCGCUUUACAGGGUUGAUGGAUCCCCAGUUGACCCUGUCUUGGAUUCUAAGGUGGAAACUUCCUUUAAUAAGCUUCUAGAUAAAGCAAGCCGCCUCCGGCAGUUGAUGGGGGAGAUUUCACAAGAUGUUUCUUUAGGGGCUGCAUUGGAGACCUUUAAUCAAGUCUGUGGGGAUGCAGUGACUGACGAAGAGAAGAACUUGUUUAAUUGGCACUUUGCUAACUUGGAGUAUGCUAAUGCUGGUUUGCUUACAAAGCUUUCUCUUGCAUUCUGGGACCAAGAUGACCCUUAUGAUAUGGGUGGGGAUCAUUGUUUUUUGACUGGUGGAAAUGGAAGAUUGGUGCAGGCUUUGGCGGAAAAUGUACCAAUCAUUUAUGAAAAAACUGUUACCUCGAUUCGCUAUGGUAGUGAUGGUGUUCAGGUCACUGCUGGAAACCAAGUUUUUGAAGGUGAAAUGGCUCUGUGCACUGUCCCGUUGGGGGUUUUGAAAUGUGGCUCCAUAAAGUUCAUACCUGAGUUACCUCAGAAGAAGCUUGAUGGAAUAAAGAGGUUGGGUUUUGGGUGUUUGAACAAAGUUGCCAUGCUCUUCCCUCAUGUCUUUUGGGGCACAGAUCUUGAUACAUUUGGUCAUCUCUCUGAUGAUCCUCUUCGCCGAGGAGAAUUUUUUCUUUUCUACAGCUAUGCAACUGUUGCUGGCGGACCUCUUUUAUUAGCCUUAGUUGCUGGAGAAGCUGCACACAAGUUUGAGUCAAUGCCUCCUACUGAUGCUGUGACACGUGUUCUUCAAAUUCUUAGGGGAAUUUAUGAACCACAAGGAAUCACUGUUCCAGAACCUAUCCAAACGGUCUGUACUAGAUGGGGAAGUGACCCCUUUUGUCUAGGAUCUUACUCUAAUGUGGCAGUAGGUGCUUCCGGAGAUGACUAUGAUAUACUAGCAGAAAGUGUUGGAGAUGGUAGACUAUUUUUCGCCGGAGAGGCAACAACAAGGAGAUAUCCUGCAACCAUGCAUGGAGCCUUUCUCAGUGGGCUUCGAGAAGCUGCCAGCAUGGCACACUAUUCUAGUGAACGGGCUUUGCAAUUUCAAAUUGAGAGGGGUCCCUCCAAGAAUGCUCAUACUUGUGCCACACUUCUUGCCGAUCUUUUCAGGGAGCCAGAUCUAGAAUUUGGGAGCUUUUCUGUUAUAUUUGAGAACGAAAAUGCUGAUUCCAAGUCAAGUGCUAUACUUAGGAUUUCUUUCACUGAACCUCGAAAGAAGAGCCACGAGGGAUCAAAAGCAGAUAUGCUGCAUUCAAAGAAAUUGCUUUUCCAGCAGCUUCAGUCACAUUUCAAUGAGCAGCAACAGAUUUAUGUUUACACAUUGUUAUCAAAACAACAAGCUCUUGAGCUGAGAGAAGUCAGAGGUGGUGAUGAUAUGAGGUUAUAUUACCUCUCUGAAAAACUAGGGAUUAAGUUGGUGGGAAGAAGAGGUCUCGGCCCCACAGCAGAUGCUGUGAUUGCUUCCAUAAAAGCAGAAAGGGGAAAUCGCAAAACUGUGUCACCUACUGUAGCUGUUAAACCAGAAGGAAUUAUAAGAUCCAAAGGAGCUUCUGAAAAGCGGAAGAUGAUUAGGAGAGCUAAAGUGAUCAGAAAUGGCAGUGUUCUGAUGUCGUCUAAUACUGGGGGAAAUUAUAGCACACUAAUGCCGCAUAAUAAAGGGGAAGGAAGCAAUGGCGUAAGCACUCCUGUUAAAGUAGUAGCUAGGGAAAACUCUUCAAUGUCGUCCAAGGCAAUUGGUACUGCUGACGCGUCGGCUUCUUCUGAAGUAGCAGGCCGUGACUAUGGUUUAUUGCCUUCUGUUGAUGAAAAUAUGGACGUUGAGACUAAUGUUAGUGCUCAAAGUUUAAGCAUGUCCACUGACAAAGUACCAGAAGACAAAAUUAGGUCUUCUGAAUUUUCAUGAUCAUGAUAUCAACUAUAUCAUUUGGCUUAUAUGUGGAAUCUGAUGCUUUCAGUAUUGCACGUCCAAGAGAUGAGUUUCUCGUUCUUUCUAGCCCAGCUAAAUGACACUGGGGAAGCAGAUAAAUACAUCAUGCCCCGCAUCCAGGACAUCUCUAGAUUAUGCUAUUUGAUCUCGACAAGUAACUUGAAUGUCAUAACUUCUUGAGACUACUGAAGCUCGGAGUAGUAAAAUUCUCCGCGAUCAGGAAAGCAUCUUUUGUUGCCACCCCUGGGCCCUGCAGCACUUGAUAGGAGUUUGCACUUAGUAUUUAGAAGGAAGCUGCUAGCUUCAUUUUUGGGUCUUCGUCUGGAGCCCUCUAAACAGUGCCCUUUGUCAAGUUGUCAUGAAUGAUGGAGGUUGGUAAAGAUUGCCAUUGACUCGUGGAAGUCAUUGUUGUAUACUACUAAUUGUUGAUAUCAUGUUGUAAUUAAUUAUCAUUGUGCAAUUUAUUGUAAUUGGACUGGGUAUUAACUACACAAGAACACAUUGCAAGUUGAGAAGACUACGCAAAAAAGUUGCUUGCGAUUAAUAUUCUUUUCAACAAAA